AGGAGGAGGAAGGGCAUGAUGGUUUGUCAACAGUAUUGAGAAGAACGGGUUGGUAAAUACACUAAUUGUCGUGUUUACCUUUGUGACUAUUGGUUUCAUACAGUGUGUAGUAGUUAUGCUCUCCGCUGCGUUAGCUCGCUAAAGUGUUUGAAUAGGAAAUGUCAACAUGGCAGAGUGCGAGGAUGAGAUCUAUCGUCAGCACAGACUGAUGGAUAUCAUCUGUGAACCUGAAAUACAGCCGCACAGAGAAGAGCUCCCACAGCGACAUGUCUGUAUCAAGGAAGAGUUUCCUGCUGACCUGCUGGAGAGGAACCCCAGUCCAGACCAAGAGGAGCCAGAACCUCCACAGAUUAAGGAGGAACAGGAGGAGCACUGCAUAGUUCUGGAAGUCGAGCAGCUCGUAGUGAAGCAGGAGGACGAUGAUGAAUUUCCUGUUAAUCCUACUAUCGGGGAAAGUGACCACAAUGAACCAGAUCCAAGUGACCACCAGCUCCUCUCCCACAACCCAGCUCAAAGCCAAGAUCUCAAAGAGCUCCCAAAGCAACAUGUCUGUAAUGAGGUAGAGUUUCCUGCUGACCAGCAACUCUUGAACCUUGAGAGGAACCCCAGUGUGGACCAAGAGGAGCCAGAACCUCUACAGAUUAAAGAGGAGGAUGAGCUCUGCACCAGUCUGGAAGUAGAGCAGCUUGUACUGAAGCAGGAGGGUGAUGACUUCUUGUUCAAUACUUCUUUCAAGGAAAGUGACCAAGAUCUGAAAGAGCUCCCAGUGCAACACUUUCUUAAUGAGGAAGAGUUUCCUGCUGACCAGCAGAUCUGGAACCUUGAGAGGAACCCCAGUCUGGACCAAGAGGAGUCAGGACAUCACAAGUUUAAAGAGGAGGUGGAGGAGCACUGCAUCGGUCUGGAAGUAGAGCAGCUUGUACUGGACCAGGAGGAUGAUAAUGACUUCUUGUUGAAUCCUACCUUCAGGGAAAGUGACCACAGUGAACCAGAACCAAGUGACCACCAGCUCCUCUCCCACAGCUCAGCUCAGAGCCAGGAUCUCAAAGGAGGUCAGCAUGGAAACUCAAAAUCAGUUGGAAAUGCAGAAUCGGCAUCAAAGGAGAAACAUCAUGUCAUUACCAUGUCAAAGAUUAUUUCAAAUACCUGCAAUGGUAAAAACAUUUUCCAGUGUGACACUUGUGGAAAAGUCUAUAAGUGGAAGUCACGAUUAAAUAUACAUCUGAGAGUUCACACAGGGGAGAAACCAUAUUUUUGCAAAGCAUGUGGGAAGGGUUACACGUGUAACAAUAGCUUAAGGGUUCACAUGAGAAUGCACACAGGUGAGAAGCCGUUUUCUUGCGAAACCUGUGGGAAAAGUUUCGCAUUCAGCAAUAGCUUGCUUGUCCACAAAAGAACACACACAGGUGAGAAACCUUUUUGUUGCACUACAUGUGGAAAAAGCUUCAUGUCAAUGGGUGGUUUGCAGGUCCACAUAAGACACCACACAGGUGAGAAGCCGUAUCCUUGUACAACCUGCGGGAAAAGAUUUGGUGACAUAUCAGUACUAAAUAAGCACCUGCAUAUCCACACAGGGGAGAAAGCAUAUUCUUGUAAAGUAUGUGGGAAAGAUUAUAGAUUCGCCGGUGACUAUAAAGUCCACAUGAGAACUCAUUCGGGUGAGAAGCCAUACCUUUGCAACACCUGUGGGAAAAGAUUUGCUCAUGUGUCAAACUUAAAACAGCACAUAAAUAUCCACUCUGAUGAAAAGAGACAUAUCUGCGGAACAUGUGGGGAAAGUUUCCUGUCUCGCAGUGACUUGCAGGACCACAGGAGAACACAUCCGGUGGAGAAGCCAUACCACUGCAACACAUGUGGGAAAAGAUUUGGUCGCUUCUCGACCUUAAAACGCCAUACCAAUAUUCAUACUGAUGAAAAGCCACAUAUCUGCGGAACUUGUGGAAAAUCUUUCAGACUUUGGCAAAAGUUGGCUGUCCACAAUCGACACAUCCACCCUGAAAAGUAGCUUAUCCCUGUAACACCUGCUGGAGAAUGUAUUUUGAUGGUUCCCAAUUUAAAAGCUGCAUGAUAUCACAUAUACAUAAGUAGCCUUCUAUCUGAAGAAGAUAUGAGUUAUGGAUUUGUUGCAGCGGCUAAUGGCUAAAACAUACAAGAAUGUGGGAAAGGAAAUUUCUCAAAUGCAGGCAGAUCCAGGAAUAUUUAUUUUCACUGAAUGAUGAGAGAUGUUGUCAAUGUGGCAGUAAAGACUGUGGAUCAAGAUGUACAAAUCUGACAUAUUUGUGGUACAGAGAUUUAUAAGAACACAGUAUGUGGUGCAGAAUAUCAGAUCUCUUUCUAUUACAAAAGAAGAAAAUAUGUUGUUAAUGUGUACACAGUCCUAAAUGACUAUCACUGUAAAUGGUUAUUCUUUGAACUACGUGUAUUCAAUACUUCAGCGCAUUUGCAGUUCAUUAAAG